AUGGAGGUUCAUGAAGGGAUCAGGAAUGCGAGGCCUCAAGGGGACUAUAGUGAUUAUGCACUGACCGAACCUUGUUCCUUCGGGGUAUGGUUGCUGAUGAUUUGUCUAAAGACGUUCCAGGGAGAGUUUUGGUCUCACGGACCAACAAGAGGAGAAAGCAGGCAAAAGAAGCUCAGGUCGAUCGAACCGACGAGACGAGCAUUACAAGUCGAUCGAUCCACUCCCUGCAGUACCGAUUCGAUCGACCCACACCUUGUGGUACCAAGUCGAUCGACCCCAUGCAUGCCAUGCAUCGAUCAAUCUCAGCCGUUCGAUCCGUCUCGCUCACAUGACACCACAGCCGUUCGAUCGACAUCAAUGCUAACCGUCGAUCGAACCGACGCAAACCGGAUUGAACCGACCCCGACCCUGUAA